GACAAUGAAACAUAUAAUAAAAUAACUAACUCCAAACCCUAUUUUCUUUCUAUGAUGUCAACAAUAAUAUAAAAUCAUGUUAUGUUCUUCCUAAAGCAGUCCCUUACCUUUUGAAUGAGCUCCCCUGAGUGGUCAAGACCGCCAUUGUUGAAUUCAUUGUUUAUGUUCUUCUAGCUCCCCUGAGUCCAAGUUCCAAGUGUUUUUUAUUGGCAAAAUGCAAUAUCAUUCAGUCCAGUUUUAUGCUAACAAAAGCAAGAACUCAAUUGAUAAAAACCCACAGAUGGGCUCCCAAUCAACAAGUAUAAGAGAAAUUGGGUAAUGGCGACUGGGAGUGAGAGCUUUCUGUGCUGCUGCUACUGCUUUGUAGUGCUUUUUUUGGCAGAGUUUUCCCACUCCCAGUCGACACCGCACAAUGCACUGACACAAGGCCAAAAGCUAACAAUUGGGUCUCAGUUAAUUUCAGCCACCGGCAGCUUUGUGCUUGGAUUUAAUCCCACUUAUUUGGGGAUCUCCUACAACACUAAGCACCAGAAGCCAGUAUGGAUAGCCAACCGAGACUCUCCAUUUCCCAACAAUGAUGCGUCGAUCAGCCUCACCAUCGACGCCAACGGCAGCUUGAAAAUAGUAGAUGGCCAUGGCUAUUCCUUUUCACUCUAUGAUGUCGAACAGCCAAUCAGUAGCAGCGCCGUGUUGCAAGACGAUGGUAACCUUGUACUGCAAGAGCUGAACCAAGAUGGAUUGGUGAAACGGGUGGUGUGGCAGAGCUUUGAUCAUCCAACGGACACUCUUCUUCCAGGAAUGAAACUUGGAAUCAAUCAUAAAACUGGAUAUGCUUGGUCUUUAACAUCUUGGGGUAGCAAUGAAUCUCCUACGUCGGGAGCUUUCGCUCUGGCAAUGAAUCCAAACAAUACUAAUCAAAUACAGAUAUUGUUCAGGGGUGGCGUGUAUUGGAGCAGCGGGGAGUGGAAAGAUGGUUGGUUUGAAAACCUAUCGGAACUCGACUACUAUAAAGAAAUCUAUUUCAACCGAGUUUCGAAUGAGAAUGAAACGUAUUUCAUUUACUAUGUCCCCAAAUUCGAUCGAACGCCCAGCUUCAAUCAACUAUCAGGAGUGGUUCUACCCAAGUUGAGAUUAGCAGAUGGUGCCACUUUGGUGAUGAACAAUCAAAUUUCAUACGAAGUUUGCACGCUCUUCAAUAUGGAAGAAGGGUGCGUGUGGAGAAAUCAGCAGAAAAUGGCAGAGUGUGGGCGUAGUUCCUUUUGGUGGAUCUCUGGAUACAUGGAGGGAGAGGGUUCUAAGUACAAUGGAAGUGAGAACCUAUCGAUGUUUGAAUGCGAAAAUAUUUGCCUUCUUGAUUGUGAUUGCGUAGCUUAUGGUUAUGCGAACCAAGAUGGAAGCGGCUGUGAGAUUUGGAAGUCAGGAGCAAAGGUUAGUUCAUUGGGAGGAGGUCCACAACGGAUUUAUGGCUAUGACAAAGGAGGAAUGCCGGUUUGGGUGCAAGUUACCAUCGGUCUAAGCAUACCUGCAAUGUUUCUCCUACUCUGUUUUAUGUCCUACGUCAAAUGGAGAACACAAAUAUUGAAAGAAUCUCUAUCUUCAUCCACAGUUAUCAGAAAAGUGAAGAAAGGUAUCGUUCGCGGGAUAGGUGCUAUAUCCGAAGGUUUUAACAUUCUAGGAAUAAUGAUAAGACAAAUUCGAGAUGGAAAAAAGAAUCCCGAAUUACAGUUCUUCGACUUCGAAAGCAUAGUUUCUGCCACAAACAAUUUUGCAGAGGACUGUAAGCUGGGACAAGGUGGUUUUGGGCCUGUUUAUAAGGGAGUUUUGGGUGAUGGCCUAGAAGUAGCCAUUAAAAGACUGUCGAAGAACUCUGGGCAAGGAUUGGUGGAGUUCAAGAAUGAAACUAUUUUGAUUGCCAAACUUCAACACACAAAUCUGGUUAGGCUGAUUGGUUGCUGCAUUUAUAAAGAAGAGAAAUUGUUGGUGUAUGAGUACAUGCCCAACAAAAGCCUUGACUCCUUCCUCUUUGACUCGGAGAAGAAGUUAAUAUUAGACUGGGACAAGCGUUUUCACAUAAUCCAAGGGAUAGUUCAAGGACUACUCUACCUUCACUACUAUUCAAGAGUACGAAUAAUUCAUCGAGAUUUGAAAGUUAGCAAUAUCUUACUAGACGAUGAGAUGAAUGCAAAAAUAUCAGAUUUUGGUAUGGCUAGGGUGUUUAAACCAUCCGAGCAUGAAGCAAACACAAGUCGGGUGGUUGGAACAUAUGGGUAUAUAUCACCAGAAUAUGCAAUGGAGGGCAUUUUCUCGAUAAAGUCAGACGUGUACAGUUUUGGAAUAUUAUUGUUGGAGAUCAUAACGGGCAAAAAGAACUACAACAAUUAUGGCACAGAACGGCCAUUGAAUCUCAUAGGAUAUGCGUGGGAGCUGUGGGUGAAUGGGAGAGGAGAAGAGCUGAUUGAUUCGGAUUUUUGCAACUCUGAUCAGAAACCAAAAGCUCUAAGAUGCAUCCAUGUGGGUCUUUUGUGCGUACAACAAGUACCGGCAGACAGGCCGACGAUGCUGGAUGUUUAUCUAAUGAUUAACAAUGAUUCUACUCAAGUUCUACCUCCCAAGCAGCCUGCAUUCUUCAUUUCUCAAAACCCAAACUCGUCGGAGCUUGAACUGGAGGUGGUCGACAGUGGGCGGCUCAUACGGCCUGCACAGCCACCACAGGAAAUUUGUUCAUUGAGUACUAUGUCAGUCUCGGUGAUGGUGGCCAGGUGAAGCCACUGCUAUGUUU